AUGGCCCUCAGAAACCAAUUCAUGAGAGCCUACCCACUACGCUCAUACUCAUCUUCCUGCCGACGUCAACGCCAUGUCCCCUUCACAAUCUUCCGAGACGUUGCUGGCUUGCGCGAAGUCCGUCGACCGAUGUUCCAGCCACCGAAUAAAGUCGGCUUCGUACCGACUAUGGGCGCUCUCCACGAGGGGCAUCUAUCGCUCGUCCGUCAUGCAUUGAACGAGAACAACCACGUCUUCGUAUCCAUAUUUGUGAACCCGACACAAUUCGGCGUCAACGAAGACUUGGACUCAUAUCCCAAGACGUGGGCCAGUGAUCUUGAGAAGCUCAAAACAUUGCAGGACGAGCAUUUGCAGUCCAACACUGGAGGCAGAGACAGCCGCAUUCAAGGCAUAUUUGCUCCUUCUGUAAAGACAAUGUACCCAGUGCUGCCACCGAGCUCCGAGAUCGACGGCGACGGAUCAUUCGUGACUAUUACGCCUCUGUCAAAUUGGCUGGAAGGUGCUUCGAGGCCGGUCUUCUUUCGUGGAGUUGCAACUGUCUGCAUGAAGCUCUUCAACAUUGUUCAGCCAGAUCGAGUUUAUUUUGGGCAAAAAGACGUCCAGCAGUCUGUUCUAAUCCGACGUAUGGUCAAAGACUUCCAUAUUCCUACCCAAGUUCGUGUUAUUGAGACGAGCAGGGAGUCUGAUGGGUUGGCAAUGAGCAGUCGCAACGUCUAUCUUGGAGAAAGAAGACGCGCGGACGUGGCAAUACUUUCGAAGGCGUUGUUUGCGGCUCGAAGUACGUAUGAUUCUGGUGAAACAUCGGCUCAAGCGAUUCGUCAAGCAGCCUGGCGAGUGUUUGACGAGCUGAGACAUGCUGGUCAAUGGCAAGCCAACAGUUGCAAAUUGGAGGUCGACUACAUCGCCCUGAGCGGACCGGACGACAUGGCGACGUUUGACGACGCGGCACAUGUUGACCCAAAGGAGGGUGCCAUUCUGAGCGCGGCAAUGAAAGUGUUCCCAGUCGAUCAUCCCGCCAAUGAUGAAGAGCGUGGCCAGAUUAGUGUUCGACUGAUUGACAAUGUGUUGUUGUCUGCAAAAUGA